CUUCUCUAUUGUCUAUUCAUAUAACCUAACUUUAUUUUUAAUACGAUCGAUUUGUUUUGUUAUUUUCUAAAAAUAAAGUUUAAAUGUAAAUAUAAAAAUAAUAGGCUACAGACAAUCAACCAUGGCGGGACCGUUUUUACGUUCCUUGUUCAAUACGACUUUAUCGCUUCAAAAACAAAAUGUUACUGUCGUUAGACCAAUCAACACAGGUUCAAUAUAUUAUGCGGCUCGUAAGGGAACCAGAGCCAAGGCACGAGCUAAGAAAGUCAAGGUUGAAAUAACUAAAGUUGGUUUCAUUCCACACAACCAGAGAGGAAAAGAUAAGGUAGCCAAAGUGAAUGUAAAUAAACAUGCUGAUGACUCCUUCAAGAAAAUCUCAAUGGAUGAUGUGUUCCCCAUGCGCUAUUACCAAUGGGUUGUGUACAGUGCCGAGGAUGCUGUGAAGGCUCAUCAGGAGACUCAUCACCCCACUAUGUACAAUGAGCCUAACGCAUAUGUGUAUGCCCAAGUGGAAAUUAAUAUGGAAGCUGCUAAAAAGAAUCGUUUUGUAGAAAACGUGCAACGCCUAGCACUGCUCCCCCACUAUUUCCCUCGUGAUGAAGAAAGGACAAUCCUGGCGUUCUGCAAGGGGCCAGAGCUGAUCCAGCAGGUUGCUGAGGCGGGGGCCACUACAGUGGGCAGCACUGAACUAGUCAAAAAGAUUCAGGAAGGUGAAGUAAAAUUCAGUGACUAUGACUAUGUAAUAGCCCAUCCCAACAUCCUAACUGAUUUGGUACCUAUCCGAGGUCUGAUGAAGAGAAGAUUCCCCAACGUACGCUCUGGGACAUUAGAUGCCAACAUAUGUGACUUAGUGAAGAGGUUUGCAGCAGGAAUUCAUUAUAAAGUGAUUACAGAUGAGCAUCAGAAGAACUAUGGUUUUACAGAGGUUCCUAUUGGUCGGCUAAAUAUGGACGCCAAACACAUUGCAGAGAAUAUUGAUGCAUUACUAAAAGAUAUUCAGUCAGUGAGGCCCAAGAGAGAUGGACCAUUUAUAACUAGGUGUUUCAUUGUUAGUCCGCCAUCCACCGAGAAGCUAAAAAUUGAUCCCUUCGUCCAUGUAGAUAAAACCCUAUCUAAAGAAGUGCAAGAAGACAGCGACGAUGAAGAGGAAGCGGUCGCCGCAAAGGCUUAGAAUCUAAAGUAUAAAUUAUUAUAAGAGUAGAUGUAAUAAAAAAUCUAAAACUUU